CUUGAAAUGAUCGACGCUUCCCUCAUCCAUUUCCAUUGCUCACAGCGCAUCCUCUACCAAUAACCGCGGUCGGAGGCGCAGCCUCUCGUUGUGGGAGGUUCAUUGCAUGGUCCUCUGCUCUGAAUGGGAGUGGAGAGGGAUGCAGGAGGAUUCGUAAACUCCACAGGACCCGUGGAACAUUUUGAAUUACCCCCUAUCUGCGAACUGUGGUUGCAUUCGUAGUGAUUCAAUCACAGCCCGGUGAAUGAAAGACAGAGAUUGAAGCUUGAUGCACCGUAUCACUUUGGUGUAAAUUUGACGCUUGGUCGUUGGAAGAUGCUGUGCUGGGCUCCAGACUGUUGAGGCGCGUGUCGUUUAGGUGACACAGACACUUAACUUUACGGACUGUGUAUCAUUUAUCUGCUAUGUAAUUGGGAGCAAGUGGAUGUACAUGGGAUGCAUACAAUUACGAUCAGGUGGAUGUAUUCAACUGUCACGCAUGAUUUACACGAAUUUAUAGAGAUUGAGAAAAUAACCCUGAAUUAAAUCUCAGCAGUGAUUCGUGCACGGUAUGCAUGUGCGCCUUGUUGAACGGACGGAGCUGGGUAGACAAUCAUGGACUGUCAUCAGACGAAGAAUAUGCCAAUGCAUUGUAGGUUCCACAAUCGUAACGAUUGGAAUUGACAUAGCCAGUCUGUACGAGCGCCGGGGAAGUAUGGAGAGACAGGUCUAGAUUCACUCAUUCGGAUUCACCCGUUGAGAGCGAACUUUGGAAACUAUAAAGUGUUCUCCAUGGAAACUUUUAUGCAGGAUUCCGACACACUCAAAGAUGACAGCCUGAGCAAAUCGUUGUAAACACCACUAUAGAAUUGCAUGAAUACAGAAAAUAUAGGUAGGCCUAUAUAAGUAAGUCUUAUGGGGGUGGGGGGGUCCCUUAUGGAAAUAAGACUACACUAAGAAUAAUAACAAUUUAAAAAAAAAGUUUUAGCGGGGCCUCCCAUAUGGGAAAAUGACCUCUAUCGCAAGUGAUGACAUGUUCUUCAAGAAGUGCAAGGCAGGGGCCCUUGAGAAUGAAAGAACAGUAUUUUUGCAUGAGUUCUCUGGGAUAUGUUGACGUAAACGUAGGCAACCACAUUCUAGGUAAGGAAAAAGGUUACUUUGCUUCGGAUGGCUUCCAAUGCAUCUCCAAUUUCGUUGACUAUUAUCCUCACAAAAAUACAUAAUUUUUUGUUAAUUAAGUGUCCCAAAAGCUAUUCGGAUAAUUUAGGAUGCUGUAUUUACGUCGUGUUUAUCAACUGUUCAUCCUGGUGAGAGGGAAUCAAUCAACGCUGGAAGUUUCAGAAACAGAAAGUAGUCUACCACAGGUGUUCAUUACAAAAAGUGACUCAGACCAGCAGCAUGCUUACCUGUGGAUAAGAGUAAUCCCCGUGGGUUGAGUGUGGACCCCCACGUUCUCCCUGCUCCUUCUCCUGCCUUGGUUCCCAUCACCUUCAGCCCUACUGUCCACAUGCAGGCCAAGAAGAGGUACCUGCUCGUGUCUCUAGGGGCCUGUCUUCUUCUGGUUGCCUACUUGUGGGGACUGCAGAUUGGGGAGUUCCAUCACCAAAACCACCACCAGCAACUCUACAGAGUCGCCCAGAGCCCCGGCCUGCCCAGACAGCGUUGGCCUGAGUGGACCCACCCGCUCAACACCUACCUGGAGGACGGAGAGCAGGAGGAGGACAGCCCUCUCCUCCACCACCAGCACACCUCUCCCAGGGAGAGACGGGAGGUCCGUAACAACAUCUACAAGAGCAGGAGGUGCCGCAUGGACACAUGUUUCGACUUCAGCCGCUGCCAGAGGGGGUUCAAGGUGUACGUCUACCCCCUGCUGAAAGGGGAGACGGUGUCUGAGAGCUACCAGAAGAUCCUGACAGCUGUCGAGGAUUCCCGCUUCCACACCACAGACGUCAACGAGGCCUGUCUGUUUGUGCUGGGCAUUGACACUCUGGACCGGGACCAGCUGUCAAACCAGUACAUUCACAAUGUCAAGGCUAGAAUACAGAGCCUCCCUACAUGGAACGACGGAAGGAAUCACCUCAUAUUCAACCUUUACUCUGGCACCUGGCCAGCUUACACAGAGGAACUGGGCUUUGAUAUUGGCCAGGCCAUUUUAGCCAAAGCCAGCAUUGAUAUGGAUAACUUUAGGCCACACUUUGAUGUGUCCAUUCCUUUGUUUUCAAAAGACCAUUCUCAAAAAGGAGGGGACAAGGGUUAUUUGACACUCAACAAUGUCCCUCCAUCAAGGAAAUAUUUACUGGUUUUCAAAGGGAAGAGAUAUCUGACGGGUAUUGGUUCAGAAACCAGGAAUGCUUUGUAUCACAUUCACAAUGGGGAAGAUAUCAUUCUUUUGACCACCUGCAAGCAUGGGAAGGACUGGGAAAAGCAUAAGGACGCAAGAUGCGACAGGGACAAUGAAGAAUACUCAAAGUUCGACUACCAGGAGCUGCUUCAUAACUCCAGCUUCUGCCUGGUGCCCCGCGGUCGCAGGCUGGGCUCCUUUCGCUUUCUCGAGGCCCUCCAGGCUGCCUGUAUCCCUGUCCUACUGAGCAACGGCUGGGAGCUGCCUUUUUCUGAGAUCAUCGACUGGAGCAAAGCAGCUGUCAUCGGGGACGAGAGGCUCCUACUGCAGGUUCCUUCAAUUACCAGAUCUGUGGACCAUGACAAAAUAUUGGCGCUCAGGCAGCAGACUCAGUUCCUCUGGGAUGCUUAUUUUUCUUCGGUAGCAAAAAUAGUAUUAACUACAUUAGAGAUAAUCCAAGACAGAAUACAUUCACACAUAUCCAGGAACAAGUUGAUGUGGAAUUCGUUGCCUGGUGGACUGUACAUUCUGCCUCAGUUCUCCACGGACGCUGCAGUGUUCCCCUUCUAUUAUUCCUCUCUGGGUAAGAUCCCGUCCCAGGAGUUCACUGCUGUUAUCCAGGCCGUAACUUCUCUCCAAUCUCAGCUGCAGCCCAUAGUCAAGCUCGUCAUCGCUGUUGCCAAAUCCAAGUUCUGUGCACAGAUAAUUGUGCUGUGGAAUUGUGACAAGCCUUUACCUCCGAAGAGCAAGUGGCCCUCCACCACCGUGCCUAUCACUGUCAUUGAGGGAGAGAGAAAGACAAUGAGCAGUCGCUUUUUCCCCCAUGAAAUCAUCCUCACAGAUGCUGUCCUCAGUCUGGACGAGGACUCCGUCUUGUCGACUAAUGAGGUUGACUUUGCCUUCAUUGUCUGGCACAGUUUCCCAGACAGAAUUGUGGGCUACCCAGCACGCAGCCAUUACUGGGAUGGCAGCAAAUCAAGAUGGGGCUACACCUCCAAGUGGACUAAUGAGUACUCCAUGGUGCUCACAGGGGCUGCAUUCUAUCACAGGUAUUAUCACUACCUGUACACUCACUACUUGCCAACCAGCCUUCUCACCAUGGUGGACCAGAUGGCCAACUGUGAGGACAUCCUCAUGAACUUCCUGGUUUCUGCUGUCACUAAGCUCCCACCUAUUAAAGUCACCCAGAAGAAGCAGUACAAGGAAACCAUGAUGCAGCAGGGUUCUAAGACGUCCCGGUGGGCCGACCCGGACCACUUUUCCCAGAGACAGACCUGUAUGAACUCAUUCAGCGGCUGGUUUGGGUUCAUGCCUCUGCUGCACUCCCAGAUGAGACUGGACCCUGUGCUGUUCAAGGACCAGGUCUCCAUCCUGAGGAAGAAGUAUAGGGACAUUGAGAGGCUGUGAACCCCCACACACACACACACACACACACACACACACACACACACACACACACACACACACACACACACACACACACACACACACACACACACACACACACACACACACACACACACACACACACACACACACAGAGAAGAGACUUGAGUGGUGUGGGUUUGGGACAAAUCUCCCUCCCAGAUGCAAGUGAAAAGAACUGCCUUUUUGUAACCAGCCUGUUCAGUCAGUCAGAUUGUCCGAACGAUACGUGAAAUCUCUACAGAGUAAUUUAUUAUGAAAUAUGCAACACCAGGACCGUUCUCCAGAGGUGAUGGUCUUGGCUAUUGAAGAUGAUUCAGAACUCUGGUUGGUUCAGCUCUCUCCGUGUCGGUGAGUUGGACUGUGUCGAUGUUGUCGUCAAUGUUGUCAAAAGAGGAAUAUUGCAACUUUUCACACGCUUCAACUCCAGACUGAUUGUCAUUGUCACUUCCUUCCUCUGACAGAGCAGACCGGGAAGUGAGGUCACAAACGCCUGCAAUGUGUACUCUAGUUUGGUUUCAGAUCUUUUCUGUGGCAGUGUGUCUUAUACCGAAGUUAACUCAGUGCAUUGUGUCUUUCCUCCAUGAGAUCUAUAAAGUUUAUAUCUCUUACAUUGUAUCUGUUGCUUUCCAAUAUUCAUUUCUGGGGCUUAUUGGACUUUCAUUUUGGAAUUGUUUUAUUUUUGGUUGCUUCAUUCUCCUAUAAGAUUUAAAUUGCCAAAAAACUACUCUGAUAAAAGAUGCUAA